GGGAGAGAGAGACAGAGAGGGAGAGAGAGACAGAGAGAGAGAGAGAGAGAGACAGUAGAGAGAAGGUAGAGACGAAGACUGGAUCGGCAGUCCGCAGAGGGCCCCCCCUCACCGGUUGAGAUGUACGUGAGUUACCUGCAGCUGGACAAAGACCCGGCCAUGUACCCGGGCACCGGGCACCAGAGCCCGGCGGUGACCCGCCACCCGGGCCUGAGCCUCAGCCCGCAGAGCUUCCCGGCGCCGCCGCAGUACUCGGACUUCACCGGCUACCACCACGCACACCACGCGCACCACGCGCACCACCACGGCGGCAUCAACCCGGACCCGCAGCAGAGCACCGGGGGUCCCGGAGGUGGAGGAGGCGGGUGGAGCUCGUACCCGCCUCCGCCGCGGGAUGACUGGGCGUCACAUCAUCACUACGCCGCCGUGGCCGCUGCUGCCGGUGUAGGGGCUCCCCCCGGGGCUUCUUCAUCCGGCGUGGUGGGUCCCACACUCGGGUUCAGCCCGCCGGACUUCACCGGGCAACCGGGCGCGCUGCUGCAGACGUCCCUGAACGCGUCUGCCGGGGCCGGCGCCGGGCAGCUGUCCCCCGGAUCCCCGCAGAGGAGGAACGCGUACGACUGGAUCCGCCGGAGCUCCGCACCGUCCCUCAACCCCAACGGAAAGACGCGGACCAAAGACAAGUACCGGGUGGUUUACACGGACCACCAGCGCCUGGAGCUGGAGAAAGAGUUCCACUACAGCAAAUACAUCACCAUCCGGAGGAAGGCGGAGCUCGCCACCACGCUCGGCCUAUCAGAGAGACAGGUGAAGAUCUGGUUCCAGAACCGGCGCGCCAAAGAGCGAAAGAUCAACAAGAAGAAGCUCCAGCAGCCGGCGUCCUCCACGACCACGCCGCCCAUCAGCAGCGGCGGAGGUGGAGGCGGUGGCGUGCACGGAAACGGCGGGAACAGCAUCGCCAUGGUGACGAGCAGCAGCGGCAGCAACAACAACAACAGCGGGCUGGUGUCCCCGUCCUCCCUGCCCCUGAACAUCAAAGAGGAAUACUGAGGGAGGGAAUAAAAAGAUAUGUGUUUAUUUGGACGAUGAUAUCGGGGAUCUGGACUUUAAAAACUCUCCCCGAUGAACCACUUGCCCGCCAGCUUUCUGCCCCGCCCCCGCCCUCCCGAAAGCCCAAAAAGCUCGUCGAAAAAUGUGAGAAAAUGUCGACAGGCGAUGGCUCUUCUUCUCCCUUCUGACUGUUGUUGCAGAUAAAUUCCUAAUUGUGGUUCAGAGGUUGUUUUUUUUUUGCUUUGCUGGGAAGUCUCGGGUGAAAUCAGCCUGCAAAAAGACACAUGUUCAGCCAUGGUUUGGGUGCACAUUUAGAGACUUUAUAGACUUUAUAGUGCAACUAUAUAGGGCAGAGGUGUCAAACUCAAUUUCCCAGAGGGCCACACUGGAAACUAAGAAUCCCAUCAAGGGCCGGUUCAUGUUUAGUUCAUUCACGUGCUUUUAUUUCAUCGAAAAAGUCGAGGAUCUUUUACUGGAUUAUUGCGUGUCUCAUAUAAUAGCCUUCUCACUUACAGCUUGGUCCACAUAAAGCCCCCCAAAAAAGUAACUUAAAGUGAAAGUAAAGUAAAGUAAGUGACAACAUGUUUUUCAAAAAAAGCAUCAAAUACAUUGGAAAAAAAAUGGCUAGAAAAGGCACCAAAAGCGUCUGCAAAAGUGACAAAAACAUUGAAAAAGCUACAAAAACUAGGCGGGCCAAAAUCUUUUUGUUAAACCUAAAUUGACAUGCGGGCCCGAUCAAAAUCUGCGAGGGCCCGGAUUUGGCCCGCGGGCCUCGAGUUUGACACAUGUGAUAUAGGGCAACAAGUUUAUAAAACAUGAGGAAAAAUGUACAUGCACAUACUGAGCUGAUCAUCACUGCACACUCUUGUUGUUUGUCUAAACUUUCUUACAAACUCACUUUUGUAAUUCUAGCGGAGGUCCGAUAAGCUCCCAAAGAUAUAUACCGAAAAUGAAAUGUUGAAUAUUUCCAUUUGAUGGAACGACGCAGCCAUGAGAAAACACUCACGGGCGAAUUCACGAAAGAAUGGCCGACACGUUGUCAUGUGAUAUCUUUAGUAGCGAUGCUGCGGUGAUGUAUGAAGAGGAAUCCGCUGACACUGUUACUGAUUGUGAAAGGUUUAUUACAUCAAAAGAAUUCGGCAUCAAUUACAAGCUUCUGCAGAGCUCUGGAGAGGACAGUUUCCCAAUUCUCUAAAAUAGUCACUCUAAGUUUCUGCUGGUGAAACACGGUAUAUAUGCUCUGGCGUGGUGUAACAUGAAAGCAAGGAUAGUACAAAGCCCAUUUAAGCCUCUAACAGAGACCUAAGUUUAAAAGUCAUUCAUUUUCAGAGCGCAAAUUCCACGUUAGUCCUUAACAGAGACCCAAGUCAAAGUCGUAAUCUUCAGAUACUACAUAUUUCCCCCCUUCGAGACAAAUUAAAUAAUAAGAUUAUAACAAAAUAACACUUUCCAUUACAUCAGGUUUCUUGUAGUAUAACCUUAGCGAUAAGACAAGGUCCCAUAGAGUGUGAACGCUCCUAGUGGGACACUGGCCUUGUUUUUUUAAGGGGCUACUUUAUUCGCGCGCUCUCUGGCGUUUCGGAGAAUGAUGCAAAGGAACAAUGCGUUGACCACGAACGUCUCCGUGCAUGCU